AUGUCCGAGAGUACUACUAGUACCACUGCGACAGGGGAGGUGAAGCUCACGCAGUUCAAAGCCCUCCUCUUUGACGUCUACGGGACAUUGGUUGACUGGGAGAGCGGUAUAUACAAAGAGCUGCAUCCGCUAUUCCCAAGGGCAAUUAAGGCCGAAGUAAUUCACGCGUUCGACAAUGCAGAGCGCGAGCUGCAGAAGCGUUUCCCGACGAUGCGCUACUCGGACAUUCUCGGUCUGGUGCAUGAAGAGCUAGAGAAGACAAAGGGCGACGAGGUUUCUGCUGCUAGUGCGGACGCUCAUGUCGCAUUUGGCCAAAGCAUCGUGCGCUGGCCCGUCUUUCCGGACACCAUCCCCGCUCUCACCUACCUCGCAACGCGCUAUAAGCUCACUGUGCUCUCCAAUGUCGAUCAUACCUCUUUCGCUUACACGCAGCGCGCACUGGAGGGCCCGCCGGACGCCCAGCGGUUCACCUUCACGGCUGUGUACACUGCGGAGGACGCGGGCGCCUACAAGCCUGCGCCGGGUGCUCUCGCUUACGCGCUGAAACGGCUGGAGACGGAGUUGGGUGUGCGGAAGGAGGAAGUUCUAGUGGUCGCAAACAGUGUGUUUCAUGACAUCCUACCGGCACGUAAAGUUGGGAUAGAGGGCGUGUGGAUUGCCAGAGAAGGGGCGACAGCUGGCCAGCUUGCUGGGGAGGGGGAGAAAUUGCGAUGGGUGUUCAAGACACUCGGAGAUAUGGCUGAGGCCGUGAAGCAAGAAGGGCACUGA